UAAAUCGUAUAUAAAACCCAUGCAACUAUAACUUUUGGUCAAAAGUCGGAAAUUCUUUGCCUUGAUAACCUUUUAAUUGGGAAAAUAUGGAAUUUGGAUAUGGAGUGCUGAUUUGGAUUCUAUCCCUUGCAUUGCUCCUGCGUAAUAACAUCAACUGCAAUGAAUUCGGUGUUGGAGAUCAUGCCAGACAUAUGCACCUUGUGCUAACGGUAAUGCUUAACCAUUCAAUGACCGAGAGUAAUCACACCGCCAUUCCAACUGCAAAUUCGAAUACGACGAAUAUAUCUCCACAAAAAGAUGUAACAUCGACAUCCCAAGGUAAUGAAAACACAGAUUGUCUAACAACUACUACAGCUUGUCCUACUACUACCAACACAUGUCCAACCACCACCACCACAACAUGUGAACCAAUUCCCGAACAUAUGGCCACAGAUCCAAUACCCGAGAAUUUAAAUAAACCGGCAAAGACUCUAUUGACUCUUAACGAUUGUGCUUCGCUGCCGGAUAAUACGGUCUUGACAGACAGCAGACAUUGUCGUCGUUUCUACGUCUGCCAACGGGGUCGUGUCAAACGUCAACGUUGUUCCCUAACACAGUGGUAUGAUCGUGAGGCCUUAACAUGCCGCGAUCGUAAGUUGGUUACAAAUUGUCCUGCUAAUAAGUCCUAAAUCAAACCUUAUGAAGAAAAAAAAAAUUAAAAUAAAAAAUUAAGAAGAAUCGGAUUCAUAUAGUCCACCGUAAGCUAAGUUUGACUAAAUAUGCAACCAUUUGCAAGAAAUUGCGGACUGUCUUUGACUUGUAUAAUA